GCGCAAAUUACAACAAUCUUGUCCACGUUUGUGCUUCUCGCCUUGUCUCAAUUGAUGUCGUCAUGGCGAUUGCUAGCGUGCUCACAUUGACUCCCGUUCCCUUGCCCCGAGCGGAAGUGCUCAAUCCACCGGCUUGCCACACCUCCAUAAAGUCGGGAAAGCCUCGGCAUUGUCGCACAGGUGGGUGUUCGGGGUGGUGUCCACGGCCCUUCGUCAUCCCGCCCUGGCUCGUUAUUCUGCCUGCGCCGCAAGUGCUGGCUGCCAACAUACCUACACAGUACCCCCAAUUCUUCCUGGAGAGACAAGAUCGCCCUGCUAUGUUGGAGUCUACGAACCUUGCCGCCCGUCCUUCUUUUCUGCUCACCCUCAUUUCGGCUCACUCUCACCACGCGCAAUGGGCCGCCAUCCGCCAGUAGCCGCUGCUGCGGUCCCGCUGCGAGUCCUGCGGAUUCCCUUCGCGCCCAGCCUAAGUUGCCGCCCUCCCCUCCAGCGCCAGCGCCGUCGCAUGCUCUGCACGAGGUGUUUCCGGACGGCCGCCGCCGCCGCCGCUCCUGCCGCCGCUUCCUGGCCCGCUAGCACCUGGUCCACACGACCUGUGCCACUUGCGCCCGCGUCGAGACCCAACGCGGCCCCGAAAAGCCCGCCGCCCAAGUCCCUUCUCCACACUGCCAGGUGCUCUCCCUCGCGCCUGAUUCUUCCCGCUGUCUUCUAUGCGGGACAGAGGAGACAAGCGAGCAGUAGCGCAGCCGCGUCUGCGGUCGAAAACGUCGACAUGGAUGACAUAGGCCCAAUGCAGGAGUACGACCGGCGCGUCGGCGAGGGGCUGCUGCGCGACGAUGAGCACCAACGAGGCAUAAUAGGCAGCCUCCAGCACCUUCACGACGAACUGUGCCACUAUCGCGCCAGACCAGUCGAGCACCCAUCCCUCAAGUCGCUUCUGGAACUGCCCAAGAAGUCGCUCUUUGGCAGUCUCUUUAGGGGUGGGGGCGGCAAGAGGGCGGCCCUUAAAGACAUACCUGCCAACCUACCACGCGGGUUGUACCUGUACGGCGACGUGGGCUCGGGCAAGACAAUGCUCAUGGACCUCUUUUAUGAUACGUUGCCGUCCAACGUGAGGUCAAGGACGCGCAUCCACUUCCACAACUUCAUGCAGGACGUGCACAAAAGGCUACACAAGAUGAAGAUGCAGCACGGCAACGACAUGGACGCUGUGCCGUUUGUGGCGGCCGACAUCGCGCAGCAGGGCAACGUGCUGUGCUUCGACGAGUUCCAGUGCACCGACGUGGCCGACGCCAUGAUCCUGCGCCGCCUGCUGGAGUCGCUCAUGUCGCACGGCGUCGUGCUGGUCACCACGUCGAACCGCCACCCAGACGAGCUGUACAAGAACGGCGUGCAGCGCCAGUCCUUCAUCCCCGCCAUCCAGCUGCUCAAGAAUCGCCUGCACGUCAUCAACCUCGACUCGUCGACCGACUACCGCAAGAUCCCGCGCCCGCCGUCGGGGGUCUACCACUCGCCGCUCGACAACCACGCGCACUCGCACGCCGAGAAGUGGUUCCGGUUCCUGGGCGACCCGGACGAGCCCGAGCCGCACCCGGAGAUGCACACGGUUUGGGGCCGCAAGAUCUACGUGCCCCGCGUCAGCGGCCGCACCGCCUGGUUCACGUUUGACGAGCUCAUCGGCCGCCCGACGGGCGCCGCCGACUACCUCGAGCUCGUGCGCAACUACGACGCCUUUGUCGUGACCGACGUGCCGGGCAUGACGUACCGCCAGCGCGACCUCGCCCGUCGCUUCAUCACCUUUAUCGACGCCGUGUACGAGGGUCAUGCCAAGCUGGUGCUGACGACGGCCGUGCCGCUCUCGGAGCUGUUUGUGUCGCGCCAGGAGAUGCGCGAGUCCAUGGCGGCAGCCAGGAAGCAGCAGCAGCAAGACGACAUGCGGCUGAGCGACGACGAGGUGGACGACGCCAUGGGCCACAUGAUGGAGGACCUGGACCACAACAUCGACCGGCUCAAGGCGGCCUCGGGCCUGUUCUCGGGUGACGAGGAGGCCUUUGCCUUUGCGCGCGCCCUCUCGCGCCUCAGCCACAUGGGCAGCCGCGAGUGGGUCGAGCGCGGCAUGGGCCUCGAGAGCCAGGGCGGCAAGAAGGAGCGCGACACGUGGGCCAAGGUGCGCAGCAAGCAGAUGGAGGACACCAUGUGAGGGGGCUGGCUUGUUUGUUGUGGCCAUCUACCUUGGGUUGGAUUCUGCGACUUGUCACUGCACAUAUGAUGAUCGGCACGUACCCGACACUCUUUUUGUUUUUGGAUAGCAUGGCUAUGUUCAUUGUUACGACGCAUCAUUUUUUUGGUCGUCGAUUGGCAAGCCCGCUCUAAUACCCUCGGAUGUUUGCUGUAUUCGGCAUGUUGGACCUGUUUGUUUCUAGGAUAUCAAGAAGUAGACCCCGCAGGCAGAAGCAGACUUGCGAAUAGAAGCAGUUCGCUCUCAUGUGUGGGGGCGAUGUUGGGUAUACCCAGGUAGCCCUUGUAGUAGGAUUCACUACCGUCACGACCACCAUUCCUCAUGCGGCUGAGCAUUGCCAAGCAUGAAGAACUGGAUAAGCUGAA